CUCUGUAGCUUAGCGCAGCUAGCUAACAACUUCCCGGGUCAACUUGUACAUGCGAAAAGUGACAGCAGGCACAAUCAGUCGGCACACCAGCUUUUCGUUGUACACAUAAUUAGCUGUGUUAGCUUUCAAACUAUAUACGCUUAAUAUUCACAUUUUAGUGGCGAAUUUUAAUCCAAGUAAAAUGGUGUUUUACUUCACAAGUACCGCGGUGAAUCCUCACUACAUCAUCUACAUGGGAAAAGACAAAUAUGAAAAUGAGGAUCUAAUAAAGUACGGAUGGCCUGAAGACAUCUGGUUUCAUGUUGACAAACUGUCUUCUGCUCACGUUUAUCUGAGACUGCCACAGGGUCAUGCAAUAGAAGAUAUUCCCCCUGAGGUGCUGAUAGACUGUGCACAGCUGGUGAAAAACAACAGCAUCCAAGGCUGUAAGAUGAACAACAUCAAUGUGGUUUACACAUCGUGGGCCAACCUGAAGAAAACCGGAGACAUGGACAUAGGACAGAUUGGUUUUUUUCGACAGAAAGAGGUGAAGAUCGUGGCGGUGGACAAGAAGGUCAAUGAGAUCGUAAACCGCCUGGAGAAAACAAAAGAAGAACGAUUUCCCGACCUGGCGGCAGAGAAAGAGUCGAGAGACCGGGAGGAGAGGAACGAGAAGAAAGCUCAGGUCCAAGAACAGAGGAAGAAAGAGAAGGACGACCAGAGGAUGAGAAAGGAGAUGGACGAGCUCAAGUGCUACACGUCAUUGAUGAAGGAUGAAAACAUGCAGACUAAUGAAGAUGGUAAUGAUUCAGACGACUUCAUGUGAGAGGUGAGCGCCAGGAAGCAAGCAGACAGAAUCCUUCACUACUCAAAGCUGCUGUCAGGAUGCUCUCCUGCUGCUUUAACUUGCUGUAACUCUGCACUGA